AGUCGGAGUUUUAACCUGCGAUUGCCUAUGCCUAAAGGCUGCCAAUGACACCGAUUAGACCGAAAGAGUCUACAAGAUGGACAGAAUCCUCGGCAUUUUCCGAAAGAAGAAGCAACCCUUGGAAGAGCCUGAAGGUUCACAUCCAGACGCGACCUUUUGUCCCAUGCUGACCAACAGCGAUAAUCAGAUGCCAUACCUGCCAAACAAACCCAUAGGAAAGGCCGGAAUAUCGCUAGAAACCGACAGGAAGACCUCGUCAAUACCAAGGGCUGGCUACGAUGAAAAUUGGGUUUAUCCGUCACCGAUGCAAUUCUACAAUGCGCUUGUGCUAAAGAACAAGAGUAAUGGAGAUGCCAAUUACAUGAAGGAAGCGGUCCACGCUCACAAUGAAGUAAAUGAGCAAUCAUGGCAAAAGGUUUUGGAAUGGGAAGUCAUGCACAAGAAAACAUGCCCUAAACCUGAGCUACGCCGAUUUGUCGGCAGAUAUAAUGCAGCAAAUCCAAAGUCAAUUUUCAAGCGGCUAUUCACAAGGUUAGCUAUUCUUGCUCAUCCACAUUUACGACUCAUUCCUCUUUCGGAUAUUCCACCCAUUAAAAAUUUGCAGAUUCGAAAAGCCCUUCGAUAGACAUGACUGGUACAUUAAUAGGUGUGGUAAGGAGAUUCGCUACAUCAUAGAUUACUACGAUGAUCCUCAAGCCAAAGAUGACCUU